GGCCCGAGUGAAUGGUAGAGUGCACUUUGCGACUCUCAGACUCGACUUCCCCGAAAAACGGAGCAUUCAAAAUAGCACAAGAGAGAUGAUCAUCAUUGGACGCCGAUGAUGAUGACGACAACGACGACAACGACGACGACGACGACGACGACGACGACUGCGACUGCUCUGCUAAUGAAGAUGAUGUAAACGAAGCCAAGCAGCACACUCUCCUCUUUCUUUCCACUUUUGUGCACCGAAACGAAAGCGAAAUUUGAAAGCAAAAGAAAUCGAAACAAAUACCACCACUGCCACAUAAUAUUUCUCUGAAUUGAAAUCGAAACUGCAUUCUUUACACACACACAUAUACAUAUACACAUAUCUGGGCAAUCGCCAAACGAAUCGAAAUAUGAGAUUGUCGCGGUGCUUAUCGGUCAGUGGAGACCGCCUGCUACUCCUGCUGGCGGCAACACUAGCCAUCGCCCUGGUGCAAGCGGAGCGGGACUUUAACGUAAACGACUCUCAGGUGCCUGUCAUUGAGCCAAAGGAUGUGCCCGCCUACAAGCAGGAUCCCUAUGUGACAGAGCUGAUGGGAUGCCAGAACCAGCAGAACGAGAUUGAGCUCUCGCUGCUGUUGAAGAAGCACGACUGGAGCGAGUUGACGGCCACCAAGCGAGCCCAUGUUCAGGCGAAGCUGGCCAAGUUCUUUGCCAGUUUCAUGAUCGGCUGUGGUCCAAGCUACUUUGUCAUGGGUGAACCGAUAGCCAAGCAGAUUGCCACCAGGUCAAGGAUGGCACUAUUGGUGCUCUAACGGAGGAGAACUUUGGUCUGUGGUUUAUUUGGCGCAAGGAAUUAAAAUCCAGAUCCCAUCGCCGGCGACGUCAAUCGGAGGGUUCUGGAGCCGACGAUGAUGACUACGAGUAUGAAGAUGAGGGAGAGGAUGCUAU